ACGACACAUUUCAGUCGUCAAUCCGCGAGAAUCAUUCGCCGUUUGCUUUUAUUCCUUGAACUUUGAUUCAUUAAUAAAGGCGGCUAUUUUCAUAUCAGCAGCGAUGGCGUUUUCCACUUCCGGAUCGAUUUCUUUGUUUUUGGUGGCAAUGGUUGGCUGUCUCUGCAGCAUGACAGCUGCCGGACAAGACGUGCUUUCUCCCUCUGCCGAACGUCAGUCCAGACAAAUGUUCGUGGCUAAUCCUCAAUUCUACAACUACUACAAUCCUUACGUCAUGAUGCCGGUGGUUUACCCCCAUCAAGCUUCUGCUUUCCCGAUUUACCCAGCAUCAGCAGCCGUCACAGAAGGCGAAUCCGAUGCUGAGCCGAUCGAACGCGGUUCUAGAGACACUGUGAACAUUCUCCCAGCAGCCUCAGAGUGCCUUUCUACUAAUGCUGCAACCGAAGGAAUGGCGCCCUGUUUGAAAACCUCGGGAGCGGGCCGUGGGUCUCUUACCAUCAAACUGCCAAAAAAAGACCAAGUCGCAAUUUUUGGCGUCGUGCGUUCAUCCAAUUCCAGAAUCACGCUCAGAUGUUCAGAGAUGACUAGUGUUGCAGCCUUUACGAAAACCGGUCAAAUCAAUGCGCCUUCCGACACGCCUAGAACCGAGACAGGAGUUCUGCAACUUGUGGUGACCAGUACGGCAGACAACGGAUUAAUGAAAUGCACUUGGUAAGAUAGUGCUGAGGCUGCCAUUUGCUCAAGUUUACCUAUACAUACUUGUAGCAGUACCUACUAUACAUCGAACCGUUUGCAUCCAUCUAGAACGAGAUUUGUCAUUUCAUGAUGGGCAGAAUCGCUAAUAAUUUAUAAUUCUAUCUCGCCCAAAAAAAAAGAUUCUGGUUUAGAUGAAUACAUUAAUUUAACAGAAAA